CCGUCCAUCCCACAAACAACUGUAGCCAGCGGUCCGCCGCCCCCCUCCCGCGGCGCCGGCGAGCGGCGGCAGGCGAGCUCCAUCCCGCCUCCCACCAAACAAGCGACCUACCUACACCUAGGGUUCCCCUCCCUUUACCCUUACCCAGCAUCAGGUUUGUCUUCCUCCAAUCACCCAUCCCCCCCCCCCCCCCGGCCGAUGACCGGUUCACCGGCCUGCUUCGCCCGGAUCCCUCCUAGCUUCCACCAUUAGCGGCAGGGACCUCGACCGACCGCCAUCUGUUCGAUCCCGCCCCCCAUUCCGGAACCCCAGAAGAGGAGGAGGAGGAGGAACAAAACGAAAACAAAACAAUGGGGUGCUUCCACUCCACGGCCAGGGCCAGGGCCAGGCGGCGCUACCCGGGCUACGAGGACGACCCCAUGCAGCUCGCCGCCGAGACCGCAUUCAGCGUCAGCGAGGUCGAGGCGCUCUUCGAGCUCUUCAAGACAAUCAGCGGAUCCGUCAUCGACGACGGCCUCAUCAACAAGGAAGAGUUCCAGCUUGCAUUGUUCAAGAGCAAGAUGGACAAUAUUUUUGCUAACAGGAUAUUUGACCUCUUCGAUGUCAAGAAAAGGGGGGCCAUUGACUUUGCUGACUUUGUUCAAGCCCUAAAUGUAUUUCACCCUAGCAUUCCAAUGGAAGAGAAAAUUGAUUUUUCCUUUAAGCUAUAUGAUAUGGACAACACGGGCUUUAUUGAACGAAAAGAGGUCAAGCAGAUGCUUAUCGCCCUUCUGAGUGAAUCAGGAAUGAGGUUAUCAGAUGAAACCAUCGAGUCAAUCCUUGACAAGACAUUUUCAGAUGCUGAUGUGAAUCAAGAUGGAAAAAUAGAUAGAGCAGAGUGGGAGAACUUUGUCUCACGAAAUCCCUCCUUGAUGAAGAUAAUGACUCUUCCAUACCUAAAGGACAUAACGACCACAUUCCCCAGCUUUGUUUUCAACUCGAAGGUCGACGACAUCGUGACAUGAGCGCCGUGGAUUCUGUGACGUAUACAAGGCCCGCGCGGAGGAAGAGCGGAAGGCAUGUACAUCUUUGUUAGAGUAUAUCAAUGAGGGAGAGUGCAAUUUUUUUUUUGUUAGAGCUAAAGCAAUAAUGCAAAGAGGUUAGGAGGUGAGGGGAGGGUUGUAGUCUGAGAAAUUGGCAGGUUGUGGUGAUAUGAACUUCAUCCAUAUGCUGCUUGUGUUGUUUGUUGUGAAAUGCAAUGUUAGUGCCAGGAUCAAAUUGUAUCGACUGGAAAUCAAUCUUUUUCGCUGUUGUUGUU